AUGAGAUGCCUAGUACUGUCAGUAGUGGUUUUAGGUUGUGUCGUUGACUGUUUUGCUAUAAGGUACGUAGGUGAUGGCAUUUUAGUAUUAAAUGAUAACAAUAAUUAUACUGAACUAUUGGGUAAUAUUUCAUCACUUCAACAAUGUCUAUGUUAUGCAUUUAAUAAUAACUCAUAUCUUGGUUUAAACUAUUUUAAAAAUAAUAGAACAUGUCUAUUAUUUCGAAAUUAUUCGGACAUUUGGCCAAUACGAUCAGAUGAGAAUUCUUCAUUUUGGUUUAUUCGAUUCCCAGUAGAGAUGUUAUUGACAAGCCAAUGGAACACUGCUACAAGUAUGGCAACAGCACGUUAUGCACAUACUGCGACUUUGCUCAGUUCCGGCAAGGUUCUGAUUACUGGUGGUUAUGGAUCAUCGGGUGUUCUUGCUAGUUCUGAAAUAUUUGAUCCAUCGACUGGCCAAUGGAACCCUACUGCAAGCUUGGCAACAGCACGUGAUACACAUAUUGCGACAAUGCUCAGUUCGGGCAAAGUUCUGAUUACUGGUGGUUAUGGAUCCUCUGACGCUCUUGCUAGUUCUGAAAUAUUUGAUCCAUUGACUGGCCAAUGGAACUAUAUUGCAAGCAUGAUAACUGCACGUUGUAUGCAUACUGCGACUCUGCUCAAUUCAGGCAAAGUUCUUGUCACUGGUGGUUUCCAAUCGAGCUGUAAUAUCGUCGGUAGUUCCGGAUCGAUGUAUAUUCUUGCUAUUUCUGAAAUCUAUGAUCCAUAG